UGAAAAUUGAAAAGUAGUGUUUUUUUUAUAAUUCGCAGAAAUGCAGGGGGUGUCACAGUACUUUUUCAACCUUGUUUUACUCUUCACGCUAAAGACUUUCUUUCCUAUAUCUGUUUCUCUGUAUUUAUAUCUUCAUUUCAUUUCUCCCACAAAACCCAUCAAUCACAUACACAAACUGAUUACUUUCUCCAAUUUUUUACGUGGGAUUACAGGUUUUAAAAACAUGGCGAUGCUUGAGACGUUAUUUUUUGGUGUUUAACAUUCUUACUCUUAUCUCUCGUCGUUUUCAUUUAUUCCCCCAUGGAAGCUUCUUUCUUUUUUUUCGGUGAUAAUAUAUAGCGUAGCCUCUUCUUUUCCGGCGAAGAAAUCGUCCUUUUCUUGUUGAAAUCAGUCUUUAAAUCCGGCUGAACUUUUAUUCGUUAGUGAAAUAUCCUGGGUCUCCACUUUUUCCCAGUGAUAGCCAUGAUUCUAUGACUUUAACCACUUGGAACCAGGAUAUUUUGAUAAUUUAUUAUACAGGUUAUUGUAAUAUUGUGGAUAAUCUUUUGAACCCUAAGUUCAGUUAUUGGUUAUUCUGCAAUUAAAUUAACCAACUAGCCAUUUCAUUUUUCCUGAAUUAAGUGGUUCCUAUCUUAAUCAUUGACUUAUGUUUUCGUUUGAUGAAAUCAUAGCACUUUUGCUUGAAUUGGUUCUUUAGUGUUGGUGUUUUUUGGAUCAUCUGAUUAUGGGUAUAACUAUUUUUUGUGAAAUCCCCCCUUUCUGAUCAGAUUUUCAUUAUUUUUUCUUGAUUGAUCGAUCUUUAAUCGAACUCCACCCUUCAAAACUCUUUCGCGUACCACCUGUUUGAAGAAAUGUCAAUUUCAUUGACCCGGUUUUCCUGGUGGUAUUGGAGUAAUGGGAAGGAAAAAGAUCCCGUAAUCUCUUCCGAUUCAAUGAAACUAUCUUCUUUAAACAAGAAAGACGCAAAGCUAUCAUCAUCCUCUUCCUCUUCUUCAUCAAAAAAGACGAAGAAGAAAUGGCAGAGUAGAGAAGAACGGAGGAAAGUAAUCGACAAAGAAUACGACGUCGUGUUAGUCCCCUCCGAUGGUGUUUGUUUAUCGGCGUCGGAAGAAUCCUCUUAUGAUUCAGACUGGUCUAUUGGGUGGAUGGAGCCUCAUGCCCCUGAUUUUUUCCAGAGUGAUGACGACGAUGAUUCCGAUGCUGUUGCAGACAACAGUUUUGCAGUUCUUGUUCCAUGUUAUAGAAAUGAUUGCAAAGCUUUCACGACAGAAGAAGUCGCUCAACCUCAACCUCAACAUCAUAACUCCAGUAAUCAGUUCUUGAAUGUUCUCACUGCUCUCCCAAAUGGUUUCCCUGCUGAGGGAAAUAAGUACAUGGAGCAGUGGCUUGCUUCUCUUCAGAAUUUCUGAGGGGUAGUUUGGGAAAUAAGGAAUUUUCUGAGAUUGAUUCUGAAAUGGUGUUUUCUUGCUUAGUUUCUUAUUGUCUGUUUGCUUUGUAGGACUUAGCAAUAAAUAACAAAAAGAAAAGUAAAAAAAAAAAAAAAAAAGGAAUGAUUAGAGAAAA